AUGAUGGAUAAUGCUGAACUAUGGUCUGCCAAACCGAAUGAUAACGCACUUAAGGCAGUACUCAUGGGUUCAGGUAAUAAGCCGAAACACCUUGCCUUACUCCUUCAGAGUCUUACUUUUGUACUACUAUAUAAUUCUGAUAUGGAUAAGGGUUGGGAUGACCUUACUGCUGAUAAACAGGAUGUCACUAAGCUUAAAUUCCUUGGUGACAAUGAUGCUGAGCUCUCCAAGACUGAUUACAAGGUUGAUUUACUAGAUCUAUCAUUCACCUUCGCAUUCAACACAGGAGUCGUCUGUAAGAAGGUCACAUACAGUGAUACUCCACUUUGGUCACAUAGCGAUGAUUCUAAGUUUGCAUCAUUAAAGUCACUUGCUUUAGAUCUUGCCAAAGAUAAAUUCUUUGUCAAGAACCAGUCUGAUGAGUCUAAGGAACUUACCAAAGCUAAGGUCUCUGUUGACCUCAAUGCUACUCAGUCUACUGAUGAGUUCGUAUACAGUGACGAAAGUGGUGUUGUCACAUUCACACCUAAGUCUUGCCGUGUAUUCAACAAGGUUAUGGAUGCCGACAGAGUUGUUUGUCAAUCCAGUGAUGAUGUCUAUGGUACCUUGGUUAGGACAAAGACUGUUGAUAAUGUUAGAUUCCUGGUUGUCCUACUUGAUAACCAUAUGUUCAAACUGUUCCAUCUGGUGAAUAAUGAAUGGCAUGAUCUUACCAAAGAUAGGUUGGAUGUUACUAAACUUAAAUUCUUUGGAGAGAAUGAUGCAGAACUCAAGUCUUCAGACUUAGAGGUUUCAUUAGUUGAUCUAUCAUAUACCUUCUCUUUCAAAUCUAAUGUCAAAUGUAGAAUGGUCAAGCUAGUAGAUGGUCGCGAUGUUUGGAAACACUGUGAUGACUCUGCAUUUGGUGAAUUAAAGUCACUUCAUCUAGAUCUUCCAUCCAACAAGUUAUUUGUCAAGAAUUCUUCUGAUCAGACUAAGGAACUUACUGUCAAGGUUGCCCUUGAUGUUAAUGCUACUGAGUCUACCAGUGAGUUUGACUACUCCAUGGAUAAUGGUCUUGUUACAUUCACACCUAGGCCUGACCAUGUAUUCUCUAAGGUAUCUCAGGGUACCAGAGUUGUCUGGGAAUCCAGUGGUUGUGUCUAUGGUUCAUUGGUCAUGUCAAAGACUAAGGCUGUUAAAUUCCUAGCCGUUCUAAUGACUAAUAGUUCUUUCUUACUUUUCCAUCUAGAUGAUAAUGAGUGGAAAGAUGUCACCUCUAUGAGACAUGAUGUUAAGAAACUUAAAUUCCUUGGUGACAGUGAUGUUGUUCUAACAUCGUCAGAUUUCGAGGUUAUGUUGGUCAACCUCUCAUAUACCUACAUGUUCAAAGAUGCUUCCAAGUGUAAGAAGGUCAUGCUAGGAGAUCUUGAGCUUUGGAAGCAUGAUGAAGAUUCUAAGUUUCCAUCACUAAAGUCACUUUCACUAGAUCUUCCUUCUAAUAAAUUCAGUGUCAUGAAUUCCUCUGAUGAGUCAAAGGAAGUUACUGUCAAGGCCGCUCUUGACGUAGAGAAGACUGAGAGUACCGAACAGUUCCAUCACUCCAAGGAUGCUGAAUAUAGUACAUUCACACCUAGGACCGGCUAUGUGUUCACCAAAGUAUCACAUGGAACUAGCCUUGUUUGGGAAUCCAAGGAUAAUGUUUUUGGUACCUUGGUAAGAACUAAGACCACUCAUGAUGGUAAAUUACUUGCUGUCCUACUUACCAAUCAUAGUUUUAAAUUCUUCAAUGAGGAGUCUGGUCAAUGGAAAGAUCUCACUGAUUCCAGACGUGAUGUUUCUAAACUCAAGUUCCUUGGUGAGAAUGAUGCUGAACUAACAACUUCUGACUACAAGGUUAUGUUAGUCGACUUAUUAUUUACCUACUCAUUCAAUCCUGGUGUAGACUGCAGAAAGGUCAAGUAUGGUGAUGAAUUUCUUUGGAAGAAUACUGAUGAUAAAAAUUUUCAGUCCAUGAAGUCACUUUCACUGGACCUUCCUAAUGACAAGUUCUUUGUCAAGAAUUCUUCAAAUCAGACUAAGCAGGUAGGUGUCAAGGUCGCCCUUGAUGUCACGAAGAGUCAAUCUACCAGUGAGUUCUCUCAUAGUGAACAGAAUGGAGUCGUUACAUUCACACCUACACCUGGCCAUAUGUUCUACAAGGUAACUCAUGGUACCGAUCCUGUCUGGGAAUCCUUAGAUGUCUGCAGUAUCUUGGUAAGAACUAAGGCUGUGGACAGUGUUAAAUUCCUAGCUGUCUUAAUGACCAAUAAUAUGUUCAAACUCUUCAAACUUGAGGCUGGCAAGUUUAAUGAUGUAACAUCUAAGAGACAUGAUGUUAAGAUGCUUAGAUUCCUUGGAGAGAAUGAUGUUGACCUCAUGUUGUCUGACUUCUCAGUAACUGUUGUUGACCUAUCAUAUAAGUUCACAUUCAAAGAUGGAGUCAAAUGUCUAGCAGUUAAGUACUCCAAUCGUGUUGUUUGGAGACAUUCUGACGAUUCCGCAUUUGGUGAAUUAAAGUCACUUCAACUCGAUCUUCCAACGAACAGGUUCCUUGUCAAGAAUUCCUCAGGUGAGUCAAAGGAACUCAACAUCAAUGUUGGUCUUGACCUACAGACUAGUCACAGCACUGCUCAGUUCAACUUCAAUGAAGACAGUGGUGUCUUUACAUUCAGUCCUAAGCCUGGUUAUGUGUUCUACAAGGUAUCUGACGGCCCCAAGGAUGUUUGGGAAUCCAAAGAUGAUUUCUCCAGUACCUUGGCUAUGUCCAAGUCUGUAGAGAGUGUUAAAUUCCUAGGUCUACUACUUGAAAAUAAUUUGUUCAAAGUAUUCCAUCUAGUGUCUGGUGAGUGGAAGGAUCUAACUGCUUCCAGACGUGAUGUCACUAAACUUAAGUUCCUCGGUGACAACGAUAGUGAACUUGCCUCAUCUCUGUAUGAUGUUACCUUACAUGAUUUAUCAUAUACCUUCUCAUUCAAGUCUGGUGUCAAGUGUAGAAAGGUAACAUACAGUGAUGUUCCAAUGUGGACACACUCUGACGAUCCUAAGUUCUCAUCAUUGAAGUCACUUCAUCUAGAUCUUGCUAAGGACCAGUUCUUUGUCAAGAAUUCUUCAGAUGAGAAAAAGCAACUUACUGUCAAGCUAGCUCUAGAUGUAAAUGCUACUCAGUCCACUAGUGAGUUCUCUCACUCUGAUAAGGAUGGUGUGGUUACAUUCACUCCUAAGCCUGAUCAUUUGUUCACAAAGGUAUCUGAUGAUACCACACACGUUUGGGGAUCCAGAGAUAAUGUAUUUGCUACUAUGGCUAUGACAAAGUUUAUGGAUAACGAGAGAUAUCUAGCUCUCCUACUUACUGACAAUAAAUUCGAGUUAUACCAUCAUGAUGGUAAUAAUUGGAAGAAUCUAACUGCUAAGAGACAUGAUGUGACCAAGCUUAAAUUGUAUGCAGAUAACAAUGUUGAGCUCAAGGCAACAGACUUUACAUUAACAUUAUCCAACCUAUCAUUUACCUACACAUUCAAGGCUGGUGUCAGCUGUAAAAAGGUCAGACAUUCCAAUGAUUUUGUUUGGACAUACAAUGAUGAUAAAAGCUUUCAAUCCUUAAAGUCAUUUUCACUCAAUCUUCCUUCUAACAGAUUCUUUGUCACAAGUCCCUCAGAUGAUACAAAGGAAGUUGCCAUAAAGGCUAAUGUUGACGUUAACAAGUCUGAAAAUACUGAUGAAUGCGUCCGAACACACGAUCCUGGAGUUGCUACAUUCACUCCCAAUCCUGGCUAUGUGUUCAGUAAGAUAUCUCAAGGCACCACUACUGUUUGGAAUUCUAGGGAUAAUGUCUAUGCUACUUUGCUCAUGACUAAGACUGUAGGGACUCAGAAAUACCUUGCCGUCCUAAUGGAUAAUAAUACUUUCAAAUUUUUCAAUGAGGUUUCGAAUAAGUUUACCGACACAACCUCUUCCAAACGCGAUGUUUCUAAACUCAAAUUCCUUGCUGAUUCUGAUUCUGAGCUCACUGCAUCCGACUACUCAGUUUCAUUACAUGAUCUGUCAUUUACCUACUCAUUCAAUGAUGGUGUCAAAUUUCACACCGUGAAGUACGAUGAUCGUGUUCUUUGGACACACAGUGAUGAUCCUGAGUAUUCUGAGAUAAAGUCACUUUCUCUAGAUCUUCCAAACAACAAGUUCCUUGUCAAGAAUUUCUUAGAUCAGACAAAGGAAGUACUUAUCAACGUCACUCUUGAUGUUCAGAAGACCAGGACCAACACACCUGAGCUCGAAUACACUGCCACUGCCGACUCCGUUACAUAUACUCCUAAGGAUGGCUAUGUUCUAACAGGUGUUGUUGAUGGAACAAAGGAUGUUUGGGAAUCCUCUUAUGGUCUAUUUAGUAAGUUAGUCAGGACUAAGACGGUCAGCGGCGUUAAAUACCUGGUUGUCCUAUUGACCGAUAAUAUGUUCAAGCUAUUUAAUUUUGAUUCUGGUGAUUGGCACGAUGUAACUUCUGAGAUACAUGAUCUCAAGAAGCUCAUGUUCCUUGGAGAUAAUGAUACUGAACUCAAGUCCACUGACUAUGAUGUUACCUUAGUUGAUCUCUUCUAUACCUUUACACUCAAGGCUGGUGUCAAGUGUCUAAAGGUUGUGCAUGAUGGUCGUGAUGUUUGGAAACAUGAUGACGAUACCAACUUUUCUACGAUGAAGUCACUUUCACUCGAUCUUCCUAAGAACCAAUUUAGUGUUAUGAAUUCCUCUAAUAAUAAAAAGGAACUCACUCUCAAGGUUGCUCUUGAUGUAAAUGCUACUCAGUCCACUAAUGAGUUCGAAUAUACUGAUGAGAGUGGAGUAGUCACAUUCACUCCUAAGGAUGACCAUGUGUUCUCUAAGGUAUCUGAAGGUACCAAGGCUGUGUUCCAGUCCAAAGAUGCAUAUGGUUCAUUGGUCAUGGUUAAGACUGUAGAUGAUGUUAGAUACCUAGCUGUUCUAAUGACUAAUAGGUUGUUCACACUGUUCCAUCUAGACGGUGUUGAGUGGAAAGAUGUCACUUCUUCUAGACAUGAUGUCAAGAAACUUAAGUUCCUCAAUGAUGCUGGUGCUGAACUUGCCAAGACUGACUAUGAUGUUUCCUUGGUAGAUUUAUCAUAUAGAUAUACAUUCAAAGCUAAUGUUAAAUGUAAGAAGGUUACUCAUGAUGGUCGUGAAGUUUGGAAACACACUGAUGAUCCUAAGUUUUCUGAAUUAACUACAUUUUCACUGGAUCUUCCUAAAAAUAAAUUCUUUGCCAACUCCUCUGAACAGUCUAGGGAACUUACUGUAAAGGUUUCCCUUGACCUAGACAACACUCAGUCUACUGAUGAGUAUGACUACUCUAGUGAAAAUUUUCAUACAUUCAGGGGAAAGGGAGGUCAUGUUUUCAGUAAGGUAGUGAAGGGUUCCAAAGAUGUCUUCCAAUCCAAAGAUAGUGUUCAUGCUGUUUUGGUAAGAGCUACUGAUGACAAGAAGUUCCUUGUUGUCCUAUUGACUAAUAAUAUGUUUAAAGUGUUUCAACUAGAUGAUAAUGACUGGAAGGAUGUAACCACCGAUAUGCAUGAUCUAUCCAAACUUAAGUUCCUCGGAGAUGCUGAUUCUGAACUCACCAAAUCUGACUACUCAGUUUCCUUAUCUGGCCUAUCCUAUGAAUUCUUGUUUAAGUCUGGUGUCAACUGUAGAAAGGUUAUGUUAGGAGAUGAUCGUCUUGUUUGGUCACAUAGUGACGAUAGUAGGUUUGAGUCCAUGAAGUCACUUUCUCUAGAUCUUUUUAAAAAUAAAUUCUUUGUUAAAAACUCCUUAGAUCAGUCAAAGCAACUUGGUGUCAAGGUAACCCUUGAUGCUCAUAAGACUGAUUCUACAGAUUAUUAUACCUUCAAUGAUCAAAGUGGUGUCUUCACAUUCAAACCUAAUGAUGAUUAUGUGUUCAACAAGGUAUCUUAUAAUACUAAGCUUGUUUGGGAAUCCUCUGGUGGUCUAUGUAGUAAGUUGGUUAGAACUAAUAAUGACGGCAAUCUCCUUGUUGUCCUACUUGCCAAUAAUAUGUUCAAACUAUUCAGAAAUGACGAAGGUGACUGGGAGGACCUAACUUCUAAGAGACAUGAUGUUUCUUUGCUUAGGUUCCACGGUGACAAUGAUGCUCCUCUAAGAUCAUCUGACUUCAAGGUUACCUUAGUCGACUACUUCUAUAGAUUCACAUUCAACACUGGAGUCAAAUGUCUAAAGGUCACAUUUGAUAAUAUGCCUUUAUGGAGACAUACUGAUGAUCCUUCAUUUGCAGAAUUAAAGUCACUUCAUCUUGAUCUUCCCACUAACAAGUUAUUUGUUAAGAACACCUCUGAUCAGUCUAAGGAACUUGUCAAACCUAACACAGUCACUCUGGACCUUGAGAAGACUCAGAGUACUAGUGAGUUUGACUACACCAAUAAGGAUGGACUAGUUACAUUCACUGCUAAGCCUAGCCAUCUAUUCUCUAAGCUUGUUGAAGGCCCCAAGGCUGUUUGGGACUCCCGUUACGAUGUCUUUGGUACUAUGGUUAUGACUAAGGAUAAUGAGGGUGUCAGAUACCUUGCUCUCCUAUUGGAUAAUCAUAUGUUCAAAGUAUUCAAGGAUGAUGCCAGCGAGUGGAAGGAUGUAACCCUUAAUAGACCAGAUGUCAAGAGACUCAAGUUCCUUGGAGAAAGUGAUGUUGUUCUAACCUCGUCAGACUAUACAGUUUCCUUAUCUAACUUCUCAUUUACCUACCACUUCAAUUCUGGAGUCAAAUGUAAGAAGGUCUUGUUUGGAGAUGCUGAGGUUUGGAAAGACACUGAAGAUCCUAAGUUCUCAUCAUUGAAGUCAUUUUCACUAGGUCUUUGUUCUAAGAGAUUCUACGUCAAGAACCUUGAUAAUCAAUGUAAGAGACUACCAUUCGAACCACCUUCAGCUAAGGAAACAUCAGCUCCAGCUCCAUCACCUACCAACUUAUAUCCCUAUUAA